AUGAAUCGAUUAAUUUUUUUAAACGAUGCUGAUUUUCACUAUAAGAAAGCAGUUUUACUAACUCCCCCCUCGAUGAGGGAACAAAACCAUUAGAAAAAUCCCUAUUUUUUGACCAAAACCCGCCCUCCGUGAGCGAAAAAAAAAAAGCACUUUGAUAUAAUAAUGAUAAUUAUUAUAACGAAAUCCCCUAGCUAAUUCUGGUUGAUUUUAAACAGCUUGCGUUUUAAAAUAUAAAUCUCGCAAAUAAAAUUUAUUUUUGCCUCUCAAUUUUUACAAAUUGGAAUUUUUUUAAAUAUUGAAAAACAAUUUCUAUAAAAAUUUAUAAAUAAAUUUUUCAAAAAAAAAAACUAACCACCGUGAGUGAAUAUAAUUUUUUGUUCGCUCACUGAGGGUGUGAGUAAAUGAAUUAGGAAGAUAUCCAGAAGCAGUUGAACGCUAUGCCGAAGCAAUCAAAAUCAACCCAAAUAAUGCCAAUUUUUAUAAUGAUAAAGGCAAUAUUCUUUAUGUUUUAGAGAGAUAUCAAGAAACAAUAGAAUGCUAUGAUAACGCAAUCAAGCUCAAGCCCAAUAAUCCUUUGCAUUUCUGCAACCGAGCUAAAGCAUGUAAUAAUCUCAGACAAGAAGUAGCAGCAUUUGCAGGACUUUAA